UUCAGAUAUGCUAGGAUGAUAAAAUCUUAUUGCACGAGGGUAAAGGAUAAUAUGUCCUAUUUGGUUCGUCUUUCCCCUUACUCUGAAGAGUUGAUUUUGCACCAUAUGAGAACUAAAUUGGGAUGCUGAACUCAUGGAGGAAGAGGAACCGAUGUUGGAACUAGAAUGGUUCAUUCAGACUCAGGCUCCUUCCUAAUAAUUUGUAUGAUGUUAGUUUCAGAGGGGCAAUGGAUUGACCUCUAAAUUUUCAAAUAUUUUUAUCAAAAUCUUCAAAGAACUCAGAGGAAUCUCGCUUUCGUUUUAGGAUAAAAGAAAUGAUAAGUCAAUACAACGUAUUUAAUCUCUGUGAAUCAUUCCUUCUAAGCCUCAAAAGAUGGGUAAUCUCUUCUGUUUUUCUUUUAUUUUUGCUGACUUUGUAAGUAAAGGAUGUAUACAGCAGUCCUAAAACAAAAUGUCAAAGCCAUUGACUUUGAUCCUUGAUAUUUUUUAUAAUUUUCCAGUAUGAACUCUUUGGUAGUGCACAUAACAUGGUACUAUCUUCUAAUUUCUUAUCUUUAAUCCCCAAUUGAAGUCGUUGGCUGUGUAUAUUAUAUUCAAACAGGUCAUGGAGAAGCAGUAUAAUGGUUGGCACGUUCUGAUGCCUUACCAGUUGCCGCAGAAGAAGCUCAGAGAGCUGGAAAAAGCCACUGAUUCUGCUACCGAAUGUGGUAAAGACCCUCUUCUCCUUGAUUUUACUUCUCCAACCAGAACUAUCCUCCAAGUUGGGGAGGUUCAAAAUAUUGUCCCAUGCUUGAAAGAGCUCGAAAAUCUUCUAGCUUCCUCAAAGAUAGCAUACUCCGAUGGAGCAGGAGCAAGGAAGGUGAAGAUUGUGGUAACUAAGGAACAGUUUAAGUUGCUGUUGGCAAAUGCAAAGAAGUUGCAAUCUCGACAUAGAUUGUUGAGCUAUACAGGCCCCCGUAAAGGGUGUCGAAAAUGGCGACCGACUUUGUCUGCAAUCUCAGAGGAAGAAGAUUUUUGAAUAACUUGUAUAGACAGAGAUGGUGGAGAUCAUUAAGUAGAAGUUCAAGUGUUUCUGCUUUAAUACCUAUGGAUGUAAGAUUUGUGGUUGUAAGCAGCUUAUGGGAAUCUGGCAAGCAAAUGAUCUUACAAAGGCAAACUUUGGCACAGCAAGGGAGAAAGUGCUAAUACAAACUCUAUUUUUUAUUUGGGUUGGAGAACUCAAUUUUGGAAUUUUUGAGAGAGUUUUUUCUUUUUUUUCCUUUCUAAAAAACUAGUUUUUUAGAAUAUUAUAUUACAAACUAGGAGAAGGAAUUUGAAUCUUCACCUCGUGAAAGGAGCCACUAUUGUCUAACCAAUUUGAAAACGUUCAAAAUUGGUUUUAAGAGGUAUUUUAUGGUCGAUAUCAUCCUUGUAAAUAUUAUUAUCAAUCCUUUAACCUAGAGAUAUAAAAUUCAAAUCAA